UUGUCUCUCUCUCUGCGUCCCAGAUCGGUGCAGUCUCCCGGAGAGUGCGGGGAGAAACGGAGCAGUGCCGCCCAAGGGCGGCGGGUUGUCGGCUUGCAGCGGACCAUUACUUGCAGUGAGAUCUUCGCCGAGCGCUCGCCGCUCGCUUCCUCGCACCGCAUGGCGAUGAGUGGGCUGAAGACGCUGUGUGUGCUGCUAUGUGUGCUGAGGGCAGAUGGCAGGGGCUAUCCGGGCAGGAAGCGAGGAGUUCAGAAACACUACAGCACCGCUAUGCAGAGGUAUCGUCAUGGUCCUCAUAUGUGCCAGUCGCGAUAUGGAAGUGGCUGCUGCCUGGGCUGGAGGCGAACGCUGGGCAGUGGACUCUGUGUCAUGCCGGUGUGUUCCUUUGGAUGUGGGAAUGGUUACUGCGUUGCACCCAAUCUCUGCUUCUGCAGAGGAGGUCAAGGAAUCUCCUGCUCAGAUGAUGGAAGGUCCAGUCAACUUUUCAGCGAUUUGUUAUUAAACCACUCGGACAGUGAAGGAAACCCACCCUCGUGUUUGAACAUGCACUGUGACCAAAGCUGUGCACUGAUUGGAGGGAUGCCUGUUUGCAGCUGCUACAUUGGUUACUCUCUGGGGAAGAAUGGAAAAACCUGCUAUGAUGUUGAUGAAUGUUCCCGAUAUGGAGGACAAAGCCUUUGUCAGCAAAUUUGUAAGAACAACAUUGGCAGCUACAGGUGCCUUUGUUAUCAGGGAUAUCAACUCUUAGCCAAUGGGCGCACCUGCAUUACUUCCAAAUAUUUUGGCUUAACUGAGGUUUCUGCUUGGUGUGGGGAAUAUGGUUGUGAUAUGAGCUGCAACCACGGUGGCUGUGAAGAGAUGUCUCGUGUGUGUCCUGUGGGCUUCACCAUGAUUGAAACCAGCAUUGGAAUCAGUUGCAAAGAUAUCAAUGAGUGUUCCACAGCGUCUUGCAAAGGGCAGUGUGUGAAUAAGGAAGGCGGAUUUGUGUGCGACUGCAGAGCAGGAAUGCAGCUUUCCCCUGACAAGCACAGCUGUGUGGAUAUCGAUGAAUGUGCAGGAAACGGGUCCCCGUGUCAACAAAGGUGUCAGAAUGUGAUUGGCAGCUUUAAGUGUUCCUGUAGGCCUGGCUACUACCUUCAUAACAAUGGGCAUUUGUGUACAGAUGUGAAUGAGUGCCGGUGGGUGGGGGAGAGCCGAGUGUGCCACCAUUCUUGCCACAACACUUUUGGCACCUAUCUCUGCUCCUGCCGUGCUGGCUUCCGACUUCAGACCGACAGGAGGUCAUGUGAAGAUAUUGAUGAAUGUAAGGAAGAUGUCUCUCUUUGUAAAAGCCGUUGCCUCAACGUCAUAGGAUCAUAUCGCUGUGCAUGCAUGGAGGGUUUCCUGAUGGUUGAAGGCCAGUGCCAAGACCGAGAUGAAUGCUCAUAUCAUAGUGGAAGGAUUUGCCAACAAGCAUGCAUGAAUACAGUGGGAAGUUUCCUUUGUUCCUGUGAGGAUGGAUAUUCACUCGCUGCUGACGACUUUUCUUGUGUAGACAUGGAUGAGUGUGAAACAUUUGGAGACGCACUCUGUGAGCACAAGUGCAUUAAUACAAUAGGUAGUUUCAAGUGUUCUUGCCCCCUUGGCUAUGAGAUGUUUGCUGAUGGACAGAUGUGUAUAGAUGUGAAUGAAUGUGAGAAGAGUAAUUGCUCCCACCACUGUGCGAAUACUCUGGGCAGCUUCCAGUGCUUAUGCCCACAUGGAUAUACUCUGCACACUAAUGGCCACAAUUGUCAAGAUAACAAUGAAUGCGCUGCCUCUGGAAAUGGCCAUUGUGUUCACAACUGUGUCAACACAGCUGGAAGUUACUACUGCACCUGUCACCCAGGUUAUCGGCUCCACUUUAACAGACAUUCCUGCAUCCCUGACCGUGUCUGCCAAUCUUGUCAAAGUGAAUGUCCCACUGGAUUUAGCCUUCUACCUAAUGGAGUUGACUGUACAGAUAUUGACGAGUGCCUGUCCAAUCCAUGCUCUCAUCAUUGUCAUAACACUGAGGGAAGUUUCUAUUGUACCUGUCCGGAUGGCUUUCGCUUAAAUGUGAACAACACCUGUACAGAACCCCCACUUGCCCCAGGUCCAGUAAUGGAAUCUCUCAAGCAACCUUUCCCAGCUGCUAUUCUGGGCACUCCCUGGACACCGCCAACAUCCUGCAGGUUUAAUGAGAGCUUACAUCAGGAUGGCAGCACCUGGACAGUGUCUGACUGUGUUAAGUGCAUCUGUGAGUUGGGAUCAGCCGUAUGUACCACAUGCCCUUCACUACCUUGUACCAAGACGGAGCUGCUGCCAGGGGUCUGCUGUCCUGUUUGCAAGUCCUGUGUUUCCGAUGGAAGCAUCUAUGCCCACAACUCCUCAUGGAUUUCACCAUCCCAGCCCUGUUUGACCUGUUCCUGUCAGGAAGGCGAGGUGCUUUGCCAAUUUAUUGUUUGCAAAACCUCCUGUAGCCAUCAGGUUCUUGAAGAAGGUCAAUGCUGUGGAACAUGUGAAAAUUGUCUCUAUGAAGGCAGAACUGUGGACCAUGAAGCUGUUUUCUCUCCCUCCAAUGACAAUUGUACUCUUUGUGCCUGCAUUUCUGGAAAUGUGAAAUGUAUCACACCUGAGUGCCCUCCUGUUACAUGCAAGAAACCAGUUCAGUUGGAUUGUUGCCCUUCAUGUCCAGCUGAGUGUAUUGACCAAGGCAUUGUGUAUCCCCAUGGGGCAGAAUUUACCCGGCCUGGCACUGACUGCAUCAGCUGUGCAUGUUUGAAUGGUGAAGUGGAGUGUUAUUACAGGCCUUGCCCAGUGUUGGAAUGUGCAAGAGAGGAAUGGUUUAUAGAGCCAAACCAAUGCUGCUUUACUUGCCGCCAGGAUAAGUCCCUGGUAGGCUGUUACAUAGAUGACAAUGGAAUUGAGUUUCCGGUUGGACAGAUAUGGUCACCUGGUGAUCCUUGUGAAGUGUGCGUGUGUCAGGCAGAUGGUUCAAUUGUCUGUAAGAGGACUGAAUGCCUUGAGACCUGUGCACACCCUAUUCUAAUUCCUGGCCAGUGCUGCCCUGACUGCUCUGCAGGUUGUGCCUAUGGUGGGAUGAUUUAUCAAAAUAACGAGACCUUCCCCUCAACUGCAGAUUCUUGCCUGGCCUGCAUCUGUCUGUCUGGAUCUGCUGCCUGCUCUCCUGUGGAGUGCAAAGUUCGCUGCACUUAUCCUUUCCAUUCUGAAGGCGAGUGCUGCCCCCUUUGCAUGGACUGCAACUAUGAAGGAAGGAAGGUCACCAAUGGGCAAACUUUUCAACCUGAACACAGACCCUGCCACCAUUGCGUCUGCCAAUUGGGAGAAGUAAGCUGUGAAGUUCGGAAGUGUGAGCCUCCUUCCUGUGAACAUCCACAUCCCGUCCCAGGUGACUGCUGCCCAACAUGCUCAGUCUGUCUGUAUGAUGGUCAGAUUCUAGAAGACGGGACUUAUUACAUCUCUGCCGCAGACCCUUGUGUCGUCUGUCUUUGUACGAAAGGCAAUGUGGAGUGUGACUGGAAAGGUGACAGCUGCACUGAGCUGGAGUGUGAACAGCCUCUGCAUCAUGUUCCUGGCACAUGCUGCCCCAUAUGUUCUGCUUUGUCUAUGUCUUCAACUUCUACUGAGACAUCAGGACUACAUCCUCCAAUCACAGACAAUACUCUCCCUGAAAUACCAGUACCAACACAAUCCUAUCAAAGCCCUCAGCAAGCAACAGCUCAACUACCCACCUCUGAUGCAGAAGUUGCAUUGACAUCCUUGGCUCCUUUAAGCAGCGCAACAAGCAAAAAGUACAAUCUGAACCAAAUUAUACCCUGGAGCAUCAAGAGGAAGCAAGCACGGGAAUUAAAUACGUCAUCAGAGAGUCAAGGCAUUGCCGCAAUAAAACAACCAAUGACAAUGGAAAUGAACAAUCAUUCAGAUGGCAUCUCUUGGGAGAAUUCCAAGUCAGGAGUUGUGCUUACACCGGCAGCAACAACUGAAACCACUUUGUCAGAGUCUGCAGAAAUCAAAGAUGAGAUUGUCCAGGAAGACUUAAGUUGUCUGGAUGAAGAUGGAGUGGUGUUCAGCCAUGGGCAGAAUGUUCCCAGAGAAGAUCCCUGUACAAUAUGCCUGUGUUUGGAAGGCACAGUUCUGUGCGAGUCACAGAAGGAACAGUGCCAAGUCUUGCUGUGCGAUGUAAUGCAACAGAUGACUCCAGAGGGCCAUUGUUGCCCCAUUUGUAUUGAUUCACGCUGGUGUGUGCACCACAAUCAAAUACGUGAGGCUCAAACCCAAUGGCUUCAUGGGUGUGAUCUCUGUCAUUGUAACAAUGGAAAUGUGGAGUGUCAAACCAAAUCCUGUUCUGUUCCCAACACCUGCCCACCACAAUACAUCUUAUCCCAGCCCGAGGGAGAGUGCUGCACGACCUGUGUAAAAAUCAAACCACAGAAUUCUUCCUGCACUGUGUUUGGGGAGUCCCAUUACAUGACCUUUGAUGGGCUGUUCUAUGACCUCAAUGGAGCUUGCGCCUAUCUUUUAGCCAAGGACUGCGAGUCAAACCGUUUCAAUGUAGUUUACUAUAAUAAAAUAAAUGGAAAUUCCUCUCAGUUUGGGAAAAAGACCCUGAUUGUACAGACUGAAAAUAGAACCAUCGAGCUUUCAACUGGGAGCCUAAUCCAGGUGAACAAUACAGAAGUGGAACUAACAUAUUCUGCAUCUAACAUCUCCAUUCAUCAUUCAGGACUUUAUGUAAUUUUGCAGCUGCCAUCAGGCCUUAGCAUCACUUGGGAUGGGAACAAUUUUGUAGAACUUAAUGCCCAUCAAUCGUUGCAGUCAAAAUUGUGUGGACUGUGUGGCAACUAUAAUGGAAACAAGUCAGAUGAUUUUGCGCUACCAGGUGGUGAAGUGGUUUCGUCGCCAAUUGAGUUUGGAAAUGGUUGGCUCAUCAAACAGAAGAAUGAUAGUUUGUGCACUACCAAAAGUACUGAAGAUCCUUGCAAUGGAACUGGGCGUCAUUACCACCAUUCAGCAAACAACACUUGCAGCAUUAUCAUGGGUCCCUCAUUUGAACCAGCACAUGGCAGCAUUGACCCACAGCCUUAUUACAGGGCUUGUCUGGAAGACUCGUGCGCCUGUGUAGAACAGACAGGCUGCCUCUGCAGCAUACUGUCAGCCUAUGCUUUUCGAGCCUUGAGGCUUGGAAUCAUCUUAACCUGGAGGAACAAAACGCUAUGUGGUGUAACUUGCAAUGGUGGGUCAAGUUACAGUGAGUGCAGCUGCCAGCAAACCUGUGCAACACACCUGUGGUCGGACAUUCGAUGUUCCACAAGCUCCUGUGUACCCGGUUGCCAGUGCUCUGCAGGUCUCCUCAUGCAUCAAUCAAAUUGUUUGCCACCUUCACUCUGUCCACUGGAAUCACUCCACCCACCCAACUCCGAUCCAGGUUUCUGAUGUCACAGCGAUGUGUUCAAAUAACCACCGUUACAUUUACUGCAAAUUCUAUGGUUUCAUGAUGAGAAGUGCUGGUGAGCCCUCACUGAAUGGAUAUGAACUCCGCAACUGGUCUGAGACUGGAGGACAUACACUGGAGUCUGAGUGUCAACUUCAAGGCCUGCGGCAUUGUGAAGUAUUUUAUGUUAGAUACCAAAACUGUGAACUACUGAUCAAUAGAUUAAUGAACAAUAUUUUAUUUAUUAUGAUGGUACAACUCCCAUAUUAUUACCUCAUUAGAAUCAAAAACUACUUUUGUACAGUAUUGUAUUAUUACUCUUUACAGCAGUCUUUUUUUGGAAUGUAAUAUUUGAAUAAUAAUGGAUUUUGUGCAUGAAAUAAGGGAUUGGAGUGGCAUUAAUAUACUGUUAUUAAUAAUUUUAUAACUCUUUGAUAUCCUUUAAUGCCUCACCUGAAUUUUUCUUAAUUUUUUUUUGAUCAAGGUGUAACACCAUUGUAUAUGUUUUUGUAAAAAAUAUAUUUUUUCAUUAUUUUCAGUUGACUUUUUUUUCAAGUGUAAGUGCCUUCUUUAAAAGAUAUGGAAUUACUUCAAUGAAUUAGUGUGGUCAGAUAUUGAUGUGUUCAUAGACUCUAUCUCACUUGGUUAGCUUCAUUUCAUUAAUGCUCUAUAGCAAUCAAGCUUAUCUACAACAUCUUAAUUCAAUUCAGCCAUUCAUUUCUUUUUGCCAUUCUGACACCUAUUGCAUUGUUGCUGCGACUUCAUCCACUGUCCACCCUUGUCUUGUUCUUCUCGGUCAGGGCACAAAGUGAAGACACAAGGAAUGCAAAUACUGGUUUACAAAAAAGGUCACAGUGUUCAGCAGGUAAUGCAGCAUCUCUGGAGAACAUGGAAAUGUGACGUUUCAGGCCGGGACUCUUCCGACCUAAAAUAUAACCUAUCGAUGUUCUUCAGGGUACAAAGUAAAUUGCUUACUGAGGAUUCUGCAGUAACUCUCUUUUAUGGAAGAAAAGGAGUCAGAAUGGAGAUAAAUAUAACCUUACAGUGAUACCAGCACACUGGAAAAUAAAGACAGAGCUUCUCCUGACUAUAUUUCCUUGAGAAUUAGCUGCAGGCUCAAAAAGAAGAGGAUCACAGCUUCUAAAUUGUAAAUAUCUUUGUGUAAUACCAAAGCCUAGCUAAAUCAUGAACAAAAUACCACCUCCAACGGGAUCCCCCCCGCUGGCCACAUCUUCCCAUCUCCUCUCCUUUCGGCUUUCCGUAGAGACCGCUCCCUCCAUAACUCCUUGGUCAAUUCGUCCCUUCCCACCCAAACCACCUCCUCCCCUGGUACUUUCCCUUGCAACCGCAGGAAAUGCUACACUUGUUGCUUUACCUCGCCCUUCGACUCCAACCAAGGACCCAAGCAGUCUUUCCAGGUGAGGCAGAGGUUCACCUGCACCUCCUCCAACCUCAUCUAUUGCAUCCACUGCUCUAGGUGUCAACAGCUCGACAUUGUUGAGACCAAGCGCAGGCUUGGCGAUCGCUUCGCCCAACAGCUCCUCACACUUUAAAAAAAAAAUUCAAAAUAGACAUUAUUCGAGAAAUAAAUAUAUGCAAUGCAUGAUCCUUACAAAACUCCAUCCGACAUUCUCGGAGGCUAUACGUACAUACAAUACAGUUUCGCCAAAUCACAAUUUUACCCCACACCCUUGCCACUCAUGUGGCCCACUGGUGUGGAAUCCCUUCCCUUAUUUUGAGGGGC